CCACGUGCAAGGCAUGGGGAACCGUGUGGGGAAUCAUCCAGACAGGAAGACUCGGUAGGACUGUGGUAGCCCUGUUCACAGAGACGCCCCAUGACAUGACGGCGCGGACAGGUGAGGACGUGGAGAUGGCCUGCUCCUUCCGUGGUAGCGGCUCCCCCUCCUACUCGCUGGAGAUCCAGUGGUGGUACGUGCGGAGCCACAGGGACUGGACCGACAAGCAGGCGUGGGCCUCGAAUCAGCUAAAAGCAUCUCUGCAGGAAGACGCGGGGAAGGACGCCACCAAAAUAAGUGUGGUCAAAGUGGUGGGCAGUAACAUCUCCCACAAGCUGCGCCUGUCCCGGGUGAAGCCCACAGACGAAGGCACCUACGAGUGCCGGGUCAUCGACUUCAGCGACGGCAAGGCCAGGCACCACAAGGUCAAGGCCUACCUGCGGGUGCAGCCCGGGGAGAACUCGGUCCUGCAUCUGCCCGAAGCCCCGCCCGCCGCGCCCGCCCCGCCGCCCCCCAGGCCGGGCAAGGAGCUGCGGAAGCGGUCUGUGGACGAGGAGGCCUGCAGCCUCUAGAGACCGGCGCUACCCCGCCGCCUGCCCCCCGCGCCCCUAGGCUGUACAGAGUGCAUGAGGAGCUGCUGGACUGUGGGGACGGGACUGCCGGGUCCAGCCGCCUCCCCGUCCCCGAGACCUGUGGCCACCACGUGGGCCCUCCGACCACCACCCCUUUGCUCAGCAUGUAAGCCCCACUCAGCCCUUCCUUUUCAGAUCCGUGCAGUGACCCGACCUGGCUCGGAGGAGGUAGCCUUGGGCACGGAGGGGACAACUACUCCAAACAUGGGGGCGGGACGCCGUGCGGGGGCAGGCUGCCCCCUCUGGCCACCAGCUUCAGUGGAGUCCAGUGUUUUGCUUUGCUUGCUUGUCCCCCAAUCCUGUCCCUAGCCAGGGCCUCCCAGCCUUACUCUCCCUCCUUUCCACUCUCCCCCACUUGAGCCUGGGGAUGUGGACAGCAACCCCUCCCCAGAUUUGGACUUGAAUCUCUGAGUAGAGCGAGGGCCUCUCCCCUGGGGAAGAGACAGGGCAAGAGCCCCCGGGAGAGCCUUGCUCUGGGGCUGUGGCCUGUUGGGUCACUCAUAGGGACCCUGGGAGGAAAGGGAGACGCCCCACUGCCUCCUGGUGGGUCAUUCCUGUUCAGCCUCCUUAGUCCUAAGAAAUAGCUCCCUGCCCCACCCUCUAGGGAGGUGGGCGACCAGGAAUCUCUGCCCUUCCUGCAGAGGGCCUCCCCCUCUGACUCCAUGGCCCCAUGCAGAGUUUUGCACCAGCAGGACCCCUUUGAGGGUCUUUGAGGCUCUCCCAGGAGCCCCCUCUGCCAGCUCCCAAUGUCCCAGCCCUCUCUCUCGGGGUCCAUGCCAAGCCCACCCAAGGGCCUGGGGCUGUUGGGACCCCAGUACCAAUCCCCUCACAAUUCCUGAUCAGGGGGACACCCGCCCCUGGUGAUGUGUAAAUAUUUCUAUUGGGCCCAACACCCCCUCAGAACUGGCUCAAACCUCUGGCCACCCCUCAGCAAUGGCUUGGGGGAUGUGGGAGAGGCCGAGGGCUUUGCCCCGGGUUGGGUGGGGGUGGGUAACCCUAUAUACAUGAUUCAAUCCGUAACUACCAGCCAACCUGAAUAAAGUGGUUUAAGAAAA